AUGACGGCCCCGGCCCCGGCCCCUGGAGUGCGUCGCGACCACUGUUCUGCCGGGGCUCACCUCAUGGAGUGGAAUCACGAGGCCCAGUUCCGCAAAACUGCCUCUGCCCUUCGCGAAUGGGUCCCAUGCUCGCUCGCCGAGGAAUCAAGUGAAUCAUCGCUGCUUCGUGAGAAUCUCCUCUGCGCAUCUGCGCGCAUCUCUUCCAAGCCGCUCUCCACGAGGAGCUUCCUCUCCGGACGAGGCGGUGCUCAUUCCGUCGGACUCUGCGACUUUCGUCGUCGUAGAGUUGAGUUCAGGUGUUGA